AUGUUGGACCAGGUCAUCAUACUACAGGAUUCCGCCCAGAGGCUCUCAACAACCUACAACACCUUGACCUACCAGGUCCUAUGCAGUGACAGCAGUCUCAGGGAUCUUUUCAGUAGCAUCAAGACUGUCUCUGUAGCACUGGACUCGUGCAGAGGUCUUCUUGAACAGCUCAAGUCUGGCACAACCAGCAUUCCGAUACCCACAGAUCUCUCCCCGCGUCUUGAGGCGAACCUGGAGGAGUGCAAGGAAGCCUUUGCGGAUGCCGACGAGAAGGCAAAAAAGCUGAUGCCCCAGCUCGGUCAGCUCGGUUCCACGAAGCUGUUUGAGAUAUUCACGCCUGCUGAGAUAUAUCGGCUGACGAGUCAGCUAUAUGCGAGGGGACGGGAGUUUUAUCGGGUUGGUCAGGCUAUUAGGUUACAAACAACCUCACAACUCCCCCAAAACAUCCUCUCCAACGCCCGACAGCCAUUCGGCCAGCCCCUCCAAAUCCGAGGUUUCCAACCCAUCGUUCAAUUCCAACCCCCGAGAUUCCAAUACCAGCCCAACAACACCCCCAAAAUCAACGAGAAAUCCCAACCGACCGGGCACACCACCCUCCACGAUCUAUGCGCCACCACCGGAAAAACCACCAAAACCACUACCGUCAUCAAGUCCCUCCUGGAAAAAGGAGCCGACCCAACCGCCACACUCAACGCAGCUUAUUCCCAGUUAACAGCCGUACACAUCGCCUCCUACCACAACAACGUCGCCGCGCUGGAAGCCAUCAAGGACAGUAUGACAACUAUCAAAACAUUUAUAUACCAGCCAACUACCACCAGGUACACCCACUAUCAGACAGCCCCCAGUAAUUACACUUCCUAUCAGCCUACAAGUUACAUCGGGCAGUAUAAAUGGAAGAACCUGCUCAAACAGAAAGAUUUCCAGGGCAUGACGCCCCUUCACUGGGCAGCCUAUGGUGUCUGUCCUGAGGCGACAGAAUUCUUGCUUAAAGAGGUGGAGGAUGCUGGGUUGAGGCAAGAGGUGGUUGAUGGCAGGGAUCGAGAGGGGAGGACGGCGUUGAUUGUUCUGGCGGGGGGGUAUAAGUUGCGGGAUAGGGAGUCGGUGACAAAGAUUGCGAAGGGACUUGUCAAGGCGGGGGCGAGUUUGGAUGUGGGGGAUAGGAGGGGGAAGACGGCGAGGGGGAUGGUGGUUGAGCUUGGGGUUGAGAAGGAGGCGGCUGGGAAGAAGGAGGAGGAGCAGACGGGUGGUGGUGGUGGUGUUUUUGGGUUGGGUUAUCAAGGGGGUUAUCAGGCUUAUAGGUGGCAGGGUUAUCAGGGAGGGGGGCAGCAGAGUAAUGGUUUGCCGGGUUGGAGGGGAAAUAGCUAUCAGGGAGGAGGUUAG